ACAUUGCAAAAGGACCUGAUUUGGAUGCUGCUGUCACAGUAAUCGCGUUCUUUCUUUGAAUGCCGAUGAGAGGUGGAUGCGCUGCUUUGUUACGCAUGCGCCUUCCUUCUACUCCUACUCGCAAAGGUACUCUUCUAUCCAGUUCCUCUUCCUCAAUCAACACUUCGUUUUUAUUAUCAUUAGGGCUCCAUAAUUCCAUGGACAAUAAUCAAUUAUCCUUAAAUUCAAAUCCGAAAUCGCUUUCAACCACACCUGCAAAAUCUGAUCGAAUUAUUAAAAGCAUCGAUAACCUCGAUGAUGAUGAGUUCUCGUUUCAUCAAAUGAUCCAUAAGAAGCCUCUGCCAUUGUUAAGCGAAUUCAACAGACUCCUUGGAGUAAUUGUAAAGAAGAAGCGUUACUCCACAGCGAUUUCCUUGAUCAAUCAAAUGUUGUUCUUGCGAAUAUCCGUUGACGCGUAUAUGAUGAACAUUGCGAUAAACUGUUUCUCUCAUUUACGAAGAAUCGAUCUAGGGUUUGCUGUGUUUGGUUGCAUUGUUAAAUGUGGUCAUGAACCACUUGUGUCUACUUAUAAUACUCUAUUAAAAGGUUUAGUGUUAUCAGAUAAGGCUUUUGAGGCUGAACAUUUGUUCAAGAAGCUGAUCAAAGAGAAAAUCUGCGAACCCAAUGAAGUUACAUAUGGGACAAUCAUGAAUGGGAUUUGUAAAGCUGGAAACACUAAAAUCGCCAUUGAAUUACUUAGAUUUAUGGAGAAAAGAGGUUGUAAACCUAACAAGGAAAUAUAUACCACAAUCAUAGAUAGUUUUUGUAAGGAGAAAAAGGUGGAUGAUGCUUUAAAACUCCUCACACAAAUGAUUGAUAAAAGAGUUUCUCCAAAUGUCAUUACUUACAAUUCCUUGAUUUAUGGUCUGUGUAGUGUAAACAGAUGGGAAGAAGCCAAGGAAAUGAUUAUAGAAAUGGAUAAAAGAAAGAUCAAUCCUGAUGUGUUUACUUUCAAUACAUUUAUAGAUGCAUUUUGUAAAGAAGGAAUGGUGGAAGAUGCUGAAAGUGUUCUUCAUGUCAUGAUAGAAAGAGGUGAGAAACCAGAUGUUGUCACUUAUAGUUCAUUAAUUGAUGGGUAUUGUUUGAGAGGUGAAAUGAAAAAAGCCAUGGGAGUUUUCAACACCAUGAUUGAUAAAAAAAUCAAACCCAAUAUUAUCACUUUUAACACCUUAAUAAAUGGGCAUUGUAAAAGAUCAAACAUAGAUGAAGCAAUGAGAGUUUUCAAGGAGAUAACUCAUAGGAACUUAGAACCCACAGUUUCAACUUACAGCACUAUUUUAUAUGGAUUGUUUAAGGUAGGAAGAUGUGAAGAUGCUCUAAAACUAUUCGAAGAUAUGCAAUUUAUACCCCUAACUCCAAAUUUCAUCACUUAUUCAGUCUUAUUAGAUGGACUAUGCAAAAACAAUAGAGUCAAUGAAGCAUUAUCUUUCUUUCGUGAUAUAAUGAAGAAAGGUGUAAAUCCUAAUGUUGCUUUGUACACUGUUCUUAUUGAUGGUAGUUGUAAAAAUGGGAAGCUUGAUGUAGCUUUAGAUCUUUUUAGUGAAUUGUGUUCAAAAGGUUUGCAACCGAAUAUUGUGACAUAUAAUGCUAUGAAUAAUGGGUUUUGUAUAGAGGGAAUGAUUGAGGAAGCGAAAGAACUUGUUAUAAAAAUGGAGAAAAAUGGUGUUGUUCCAAAUAGUUCGACUUAUAACAUUCUUCUUCAAGGGAUUGUGAAGUGGAGAAAACCUAAAGAUGUGUUGUUACAUUUGAAGGAAAUGGAUGCAAAGGGGUUUUCGUUUGAUGCAUCUUCGUUUUAUUUGCUACUUCAUAUGAAUCCAACAAAAAAACAAGAUUCUAACUUUGCUGAAUUGAUUAGGAAACUUGCACCACAAGAUAUAUUGAAAUAUAAAUUCCGAUUAGUGAAAUAGGUUCAGUUUCGACUUUUCUAAUGGUCAUGUAGAACUGUUAAAGGGUAAAUGAGUCCUUUGCUGUAAAUCUGUAAUGCAAUUGAGAGAUUUGCUUGAGACGUAGCUUCUGAAAAAACCCAAACAUAGAGGAUUAUGAGCGUUGAGGUUAAAAAAUUUGGAUGAUAAGGAUGCGAGGGCAUUUAUGUCUUUUACCACCUUUUUGGGUGGGACAAAAGGUUGCAAACCAUAUUAUAUUGUGGCAUUGGAAAGUUGUAAUGGGAGUCGAUUUGUACAUAGUGAAGGGAUAGUUAUAUAGAAAGUGGAAAUAAACUUAAAGAUUGCAAUGAAGAAAUGGUCAAUGUCAUAAAAUAGUAAACCCAAUUUUAUAUUUUGUUAUGCUUAGAUAACUCAAACCUCUUUAAGAGUUUCAACCACU